AUGAGUACUAUAAGCUGGAAUUGUCGCGGGCUUGGGAACCCAAGAGCAAUUCGGGCCCUAAAGGACAUCGUGUCCGAUAAGAAACCCAGUUUUGUUUUUCUUAUUGAAACAAAAAUAAAACAAAGUAGUGUUUUAAAGGUUAGAAAGCAGUUGGGCUUUAAGGGAUCUUUUGUUGUUGAUCCAGUUGGAAUAGGAGGUGGCCUGGCGUUGUUCUGGAAAGAUGUUGGGAUGGCCAAACUAAUUAGCUAUUCACAACAUCACAUAGAUGUAGAAGUGUGUAUUGAGGGUAUGGCGUCUUGGAGAUUAACUGGCUUCUAUGGCUUCCCAAAUAGAGCUCAACGCAGUCAGGGAUGGGAUUUAUUGCGUUCUCUUCGAUCCAAAUCUAUCUUACCUUGGUGCGUGCUGGGAGAUUUCAAUGAUAUUUUGUAUCAUUCUGAAAAACGAGGCAGAAGGGAUCAUCCACGUUGGUUACUUGAGGGGUUUCGUCAAGCGCUUGAUGAUUGCGGUUUGCAUGAUCUUGGCUUCCUUGGUAGCCGCUUUACUUGGGAAAACAGGAGAGAGUUGGAGUUUGUUCAGGAGAGAUUGGAUCGGGCAGUGUCAACUUCUCACUGGCAAUCUAUUUUUAAUAUGGCCAGGCUCUUUGUGUUAGAUAAUCCGGCCUCAGAUCACCUGCCGUUGUUCUUGACGCUAGGGGUGCGGCUUCAUAAAUUUGGGCAUAAACGGUUUCGUUUUGAAAACUCAUGGUCCCUGGAAUCUGAGUGUCGCCGGAUUGUGUAUGAGGGGUGGAAUUUUAAUAUGUCAUCUUUGCCCUCCAGAAUUGAUUCUUGUGCAAAAUAUCUUGGUCAGUGGGCUGGUAAUCGUCAUCAGGAGUUUCGAGAACAUCUUCAAUUGAUUAAGAAGAGAUUAUCUUGGUUUCGAAGGCAGGUUAGUUUUGAUUUUGCUCAUUUACGUCGAUUAGAGGAUCAAUAUCAUAAAAUGCUUCUUCAAAAUGAAUUAUAUUGGAAGCAGAGGGCGAAACAACAUUGGUUAGGGGAAGGUGAUGCUAAUACAAAGUUCUUUCAUGUUUCUGCGUCUAAUCGGAACAGAAAGAAUUUUAUUACUAGAUUACGAAACAAUGAGGGAGUUUGGGUGGAUUGGGAUUCUGGUUUGCAGUCUGUAAUUGUUGAGUUUUAUAAGCAGCUUUUUACGUCUACGCCUGGUGAUAUGGGGCCAAUUCUUUCACAUGUACAGCAGAAGGUUACUGAUCAGCAGAAUCAAAUGUUAAUUGCUCCAUUUUCAGCUGAGGAGGUUCGGGUGGCCUUGUUCUCAAUGCAUCCAGAUAAAUCUCCUGGACCUGAUGGUUUGAACCCAGGAUUUUUUCAAAAAUAUUGGGAUAUAGUUGGGUCUGAUGUCACUACUGCUUGUCUUAAUUGUUUGAAUGGAGAUGGUUUGAUGCCUGGUUGUAAUAGAACUAAUAUCAUUUUAAUUCCUAAAAAGUCUGUUCCUGAAAGGGUGGCAGAUUUGAGACCGAUUUCUCUUAGUAAUGUGGUUGAUCGUAUUGUGUGCAAGGCUAUGGCUAACAGAUUGAAGCUUGUUCUUCCACAAGUCAUCUCUGAAGCUCAGAGCGCUUUUAUUCCGCAUCGUCUCAUCACUGAUAAUAUUAUUGUGGCAUAUGAGCUUUUCCAUUCUUUAAAGCAAAAGAAGCAAGGCAAGCGGGGGGUGUUGGCAUUAAAGACUGACAUGAGCAAGGCUUAUGAUCGUAUAGAAUGGAAUUAUUUGAAGCUUAUUAUGUUAAAAUUGGGUUUUGAUGAGUCCUGGGUCUCUCGCAUCAUGAAAAUUGUUACUUCCGUUUCUUAUUUUUUUAUGAGAGGCAGUGAUGACUAUGGCCCGUUAAUUCCAGAAAGAGGUUUGCGUCAAGGUGAUCCUCUCUCCCCUUACCUCUUUAUAAUUUGUGCUGAAGGAUUAUCAGCGGUUUUGUCUAAAUUCCAGGCUCAGGGUCGAUUGCAUGGUGCUACUGUUACAAAGAGAGCCAUUCCGGUUUCUCAUUUAUUUUUUGCAGAUGACUCCCUCUUCUUUACUAGAGCUUCGGAUGAGGAAGCGCAUCAGUUGAAGUAUUGCUUGUCUCUUUAUGAACAAGCAUCUGGGCAGAGGAUAAAUUAUGAUAAGUCAGCAGUGAUGUUUACUCCUAAUACGGAUUAUGUUCUUCGUGCAAGUAUUUGUCAAUGUUUGGGAGUACAGGAGGUGGAAAAUCACGGUAAUUAUCUUGGCAUGCCUUCGGUCAUUGGCAGAGAUAAGAAAUUAAUUUUUAAUUAUGUGGUGGACAAAGUGGCGAAGCGUAUCCAAGGAUGGAAGACGAAAUUUCUUUCUAAGGCUGGGAAAGAUAUUCUUUUGCGUACUGUUGCGCAGUCAGUUCCCAAUUAUAUUAUGUCAUUGUUUUUGUUACCGGUGGAUACUUGUAAAGAUAUUGAGACUAUAAUGAAUAGUUUCUUUUGGGGCAAUGGAAAUAACACUGGUGGUGGUAUAAGAUGGUUUCGAUGGAAACGACUUGCAAUUCCAAAGGUCGCUGGUGGUUUAGGGUACCGGGACUUACGACAGUUUAAUCUUGCUUUAGUGGCUAAGCAGGGUUGGAGACUUUUGAAGUAUCCUAAUACUUUGGCUUCUAAAGUGUUAAAGGCGAAGUAUUUUCCCCAUUCUGAUUUUUUCCAAGCUCCUGUGGGUAAUGGUCCGAGUCAGAUUUGGAGAAGUAUUUGUGCUUCUCGCUCUAUUUUAACUUAUGGCUGCAGGCGACGGAUUGGGGAUGGGCGUUCCACUCACAUUUGGACUGAUCCUUGGAUUUUAGAAGCAGGUGAUCCUUAUAUUCGGACUGAGGUCGCUGAGAACAUGCCUUUUGUUAUGGUUUCCGAUUUGAUUUUGAACAGGACAUGGAAUGCCGAGUUAAUUCGGACUCAUUUUCAGCAGCAUGAUUCUGACAACAUUUUGCGUAUUCCUUUAUCGCUUAGGGAAUGCGAUGAUGAUUGGUGCUGGGCUUUAAAUCGAAAGGGUGAGUAUGUUGUGAAGGAAGGCUAUCGUGUGGCAAUGGAGGAUAAUCUUGCUGCUAUAUCUGAUCAUAGUUUCCCGUGGCAUCUCAUCUGGAAAGUUGCUGUUCCAGCUAAGGUAAAGCUUCUCAUUUGGCAUAUUUUACGAAAUGCUUUGCCUUGUAAACAUAAUCUUCGAGUUCGUCAUAUGGAUAUUGAUGAGUGUUGUCCUGUUUGUGGUGUUGGUCUGGAAACAGACUUUCAUGUUCUCUAUGGUUGCUCUUUUGCAAGAUCUUGUUGGUUGCUGUCAAAUUUAGGUUGGGUAUCCUUUUCUUCUCUUAACACUAUGUUGUCUUAUGUUCUUACUUCUUUGCCUAUGUCUCAACGUGAAGAGGUUUUUAUGUUGAUAUGGAGCUUGUGGACACACCGUAAUGAUGUUGUGUGGAAUCAGAUUUUUCAGCAGCCUAUUUACGUGGUUAAUAGGGCUAGAGCAGUGUUGGAAGAAUGGCAGCUCGCUCGGUUACAUUUUCGAGUUUCAGAUUCUCGUACAAAACCACUAGCUGCAGCAGUUUGGCAACCUCCUCCCCUUGGACAUUAUAAAUGCAAUAUUGACAUUUCAGUACAGACUAAUGGUUCAUAUGGGUUGGGUAUGGUGGUCCGAAAUUCAUUGGGAUACUGUUGUGAAGGUCAACUUAUGGUCGUGCCUGGUUUAAUGGAUCCUCUAUUGGGUGAAGUGUUAUGUUUUAGGGAGGCAUUGAGUUGGUUGAAGUCUAAAAAUUAUUUUCCGGUUUGUGUGGAGACGGAUUGUGAGCUGGUUGUUAACGCUUUGAAUUCUCCACACUCUUAUUCUUCAUAUUUUGAGUUGAUGAUUAAUGAUUGUAAGGCUCUUCUUCAUGAGCUGCAAUAUGUUUCGUUUGCUUUUAUUAGGAGAUCAGCGAAUCAAGUUGCUCAUACAGUUGCAAGGGCGGCUGGUUCUUUGUCUGAUUUUGAUUGGGGGGUAUGCCCUCCUUUAUUCUUAUACGACGCAUUAUCCUUUGAUAUUAAUAAUAUGAGCUAA